ACGAGCGCCCCACGCUCCUCUGAGCGCACAGCCUGCCACCUCUCGACCUGCUGCGCUUCGCCUUCCUCUGGCUCCAGACGACCUAGGACACGUGCCCUCGGGGGGGUCGCUCGGAGGUGCAGCGCCAGAGGCCCCCCCUGGAGGCGUACUACCUUCCCCAUCCCCCAUUCCCCUUCCCGCACCUUCCUGCGGCCCGCCUGGACUCGGAGCAGGAGCCAGCGAGUGGAUGCGGCGCGAUGGAUGGCAGCGCACUGCCUGGGCCCCAGCCUCCUGCGCCUGGCGUCCCUGGCGGCUGCGCUGCCCGACGGAGACCUGCGUCCCCCGAACUGCUGCGUUGCAGCCGCCGGCGGCGGCCUGGCGUGGCGGAGGCAGCGAGCGGCGCUGCAGCAGUGGCGCGGCGCAACGAGCGCGAACGCAACCGCGUGAAGCUGGUGAACUUGGGCUUCCAGGCGCUGCGGCAGCACGUGCCGCACGGCGGCGCCAGCAAGAAGCUGAGCAAGGUGGAGACGCUGCGCUCCGCCGUGGAGUACAUCCGUGCGCUUCAGCGCCUACUGGCUGAGCACGACCCCGUGCGCGCUGCCCUGGCUGGGGGGCUGCUCGCGCCAGCAUCGCGGUCCUCCGCACCCCGCGGGCUUCAUGGGAGUCCCUCUACGGUCGCCUCACCCUCCUGUGCCUCUUCGUCCCCUGGCCGCGGGGGCAGUUCGGAGCCCGGCUCCCCACGCUCCGCCUACUCAUCAGACGACAGCGGCUGCGAGGGCGCGCUAAGCCCCGCGGAGCGCGAGCUACUCGACUUCUCUAGCUGGUUAGGGGGCUACUGAGCGCUCUCGCUCCCCGAGGUAACCUCUCGGCGGGGAGAAGGGAGGGUCGGAGACAGGGGCGACCGUAUAGGAUGGGCAGGCCUAAUGGGUCGCCUCACUACCCCCACCCUCCCUGCCCAGAGUCAGCGGAGCCCAGAGCCAGACCCGGGCGAUGGCUUCAGUGUCGCUCACUCUUCACUUUCCCCAAACUUUUUCAAGCCUGUGCAAGACCGGCAUUUGUUUGUCCGGGAUUGCAAAACUUCCUCUCUCGGCUCCAGUGCCGGUGGGGGAGGGGAGAGAGUGGGAGCGGGGAGCGGCCGUCGGGCCGGAGAGGUCCCUAGUGCUUGCGAAUCCCGGGGCAGAUUAAGGUGCUGGAGGCGGGGUGGCUUUGCAUUGCAAAUCACGCUCCUGGGCCUGAGUGGCAGAAAUGAGUUGGCGGGUGCAGAACCCUGACUCACCGCGGCUCGGAGCGCUCGCCCCGCCCCCGCCCCGUCUCCGGCCUCAGACUGAAUCUCGGCACCCACGGACUCAGACUUCAAAAUCAACAGAGCAAGCGAAACUGCAGAUUUUGCUAGUGGGGGCAGGGCCGGCCUGGGCGGGGUCUGUCUCCGGCCCGGAGCCCGAGGCAAUGCACCUUUGGUUCUGGUAGCCGCGUUCUCCCCAGCAUCGCAGCCGGGACACCGAGCGGCAAGCGUGCUCAUCGCCUGGGAGCUAAGGAGGUGCACUGGUGCGCACCAAGUCCCCGCCGAGCGGGAGUCCCCACUGACGCUGCCUCGGGCCCCAGCAGCCGGUCCAAGUGCCUGUGUGAAGAAGGAUCUGGCCUGGCCGGUAGGGGCUGGCAGCUGCCUCCUGUGUCCAGGCCCCGACCUAUGUUUGUACUGAGAUUCUGUUUGGAGAUUUUUCUGGAGGGAAAAGGAUUUUUAUAAGGACACAGAAAAGCUAUUUUUCACAUAUUAACUUGAACUGCCGUAGGGACACUGCUGGCAAAUAUGAAGACUUAUUUUGUAUAAAGAUUCCUUAGACAUGGAGCACAAUAAAGGUUUAUACCCCUCACGCCCACCACCUGGAAUUUUCCAACCUAGACGUGAGCAGUCCCUGAGAGACGGACUUCCAGUUCCUAAGGGGUGGGGUUCCUGUUAGCGUUACCGUAGCCCCCACAUUCA